AUGAUUAGUCCCGAUCAUUCCCUCACAUUCACCAACCUGGCGUCAAAGAGCUUCGAGCUCACGCAGCACAACCAACCGACAUCACCCGAUGUGCGCAUGGUACAGGACAUCACCAACGCCACCCUGACGCCCGGAGAUGGAGAGUCAUUCAUGUCAUGGACAAAGGGAUGUUACUUUGGCAAGAGCGGGUUCGACGACGUGAUGCUCUGCUGGCAAGAGCUGGAGGACCUGCAGUCGUUCUGCAUCGGCAUCGAGUCUCCCGAGCGCGGGUUUUUCAAGCCCAUUCAGUCUCACUGGAAAGUCAAGUAUAACGACGGCAAGACGGCCAAGGACUGGUUCUUCCCUUCGGACAACCCAUCAGAUCCGUACACUUUUCCGAGCACAAUGGAUGUUGAUAUCACGGUUACGAGUCACUCUGUAAAGGAUCAAUUGGAACUCAAGAUUACGAUUAAGGAUCAGGCACCAAAUGCCGAACUCAAAUCAUAG